AUGCCCAGGUCCUUCCUGGUGAAGAAGGUCAAACUUGACACGUUCUCUUCGGCAGAUCUCGACAGCUCCUACGGGCGCGCCCGCAGCGAUCUGGGAGUGCGACUGCACGAUAAAGGAUACCUCAGCGACUACGUGGGUCCCGCGUCGGUCUACGAUGGCGACGCCGAAGCGGCCUUGCUCAAAGGGCCGUCCCCGGAGCCCAUGUACGCGGCGGCGGUGCGGGGAGAGCUGGGCCCCGCGGCUUCGGGCUCGGCGCCGCCGCCCACCCCUCGCCCGGAGCUGGCCACCGCCGCGGGCGGCUACAUCAACGGCGACGCGGCGGUCAGCGAGGGCUACGCGGCCGAUGCCUUCUUCAUCACCGACGGGCGCUCCCGCCGCAAGACCGGGCAGGCCGGCGCGGCCGCCGCCCCCUCCGCGGCCGCGGCCGCCGCCCCCGACGGCGACGCCGGAGGUGGGGGGGGCUCGGGCGCGCGCGGCGCGGGCUCGGGGCCCGGGGGCCGGGGCGGCGGCGGCGGCGGCGGCGGCGCGCGCGCGGGGUCGGGCGCGGAGGCGCGUCCGGGGGCGGGGGCCGCGGGGGUGGGGGGCCGGCACGCGUGCGGCGAGUGCGGGAAGACGUACGCCACGUCGUCGAACCUGAGCCGCCACAAGCAGACGCACCGCAGCCUGGACAGCCAGCUGGCGCGGCGCUGCCCGACGUGCGGGAAGGUGUACGUGUCCAUGCCGGCCAUGGCCAUGCACCUGCUCACGCACGACCUGCGCCACAAGUGCGGCGUGUGCGGCAAGGCCUUCUCGCGGCCCUGGCUGCUGCAGGGCCACAUGCGCUCGCACACCGGCGAGAAGCCCUUCGGCUGCGCGCACUGCGGCAAGGCCUUCGCCGACCGCUCCAACCUGCGCGCGCACAUGCAGACGCACUCGGCCUUCAAGCACUUCCAGUGCAAGCGCUGCAAGAAGAGCUUCGCGCUCAAGUCCUAUCUCAACAAGCACUACGAGUCGGCCUGCUUCAAGGGCGGCGCCGGCGGCCCCGCGGCCCCCGCGCCGCCGCCGCUCAGCCCCGUGCAGGCCUAG